AGAACUAUCUGUGGCUGGUUGUUACUUCUGUAUAUUAUAUUUCGUGCGCAGAAUGUUCCGAUACAAAAUUGUUAAAACUGUUUAAUUCUUACAUUACUUCGCGUAACAAUUUUUGGUUUUUCAAUUUUCAUUAAUUUUUGAAUAUUACCUUAUCGUUGAUUUCUUUAACAGCGUGUAAUAUGUCUUUAUUGAAUUUGAUGUAAACAAAGUUUUUGCAGUUAUCUAAUGAUCUAUUGUAAGAACAAAAUAUAAUAAUUCAACUUGUUUAUGCCUUAUGCAUGUUUAAGUGUAAGAGUGACAUCUACUAUAUAACAAUGCAUUUUUCAUACAUUUUGUCACUUUUAUCUAUUUGUGAAUUAACAUAUGGUAAGACAAUUUUAUAUGGGUACUUUAGUUGAAGUUUGGCUCUUGUAUUCAAAAAAAAAAAUGUUAAAAUAUCGAAAAACAAGUACCAUAUUUUCUCUUCUCCCUUACUCGUUUCACGUUAUGCAGUCUGAAUAUCUAUUAUCCAUUUUCCCACAAUAAUCCCUAUACGAGAUUUCCUUUUAUGUAAUUUUUACACAUGUCUUAUGACUGCAGCAUUAUGAUUUUAUUAUUAAUAUAACCGUGUCAAAAUUUCAAAACAUCGAAAACGAUAAAUAUGUUAACGAUUUGUAUAGCCAUCUUAAAUAUCAGUAAGUAGUUAAUAUUUCGAUUUUUAAAUUUUCUGACCACUUAUUGUGGUACUGUAUAGUUCUGCAGCUGUAUGGUCGCUGUUUUUAUUUACAAUUGUAUGUAAUAGUUUUAUAAUAUGUAUUAUAAUGCAUACAUAUGCUUAUACAUAUGUUUUUAAUAUGUAGCAAAAAGACCAGCAAAAAUUAUACAUAGUUUAUUACAGGAUGUUUUAUGCAUCUUUAUUUUAAUUUAAUAUUCUACAUUAUUUUAUAUAAUGUGAAAGUAAAUCUUGCAUAUUAAUGCAGGAAAUUGAAAAAUGGGUAUUCUGACAGCAUAGCGUGAAUCUGGUAAGGGAAGAGAAGAGAAAAUAUAGGGAUGGUUUUUUGAUAUUUUUUGAACCUAAGAAUCAGACUUCAACUUAAUCAUAUAUCUUUAAUAAAUAAAAUCCUUAAAUUAUAUUACAGCUGAAUUUGAAGAAAAUGUACACAUUGAUGAUAGUAAAUUUGGACCAUUGGAGCUACCAGAUUCUCCAAAAAAUUUCACGAUUACACCACAAGUGACUGACUUCAGCGAUAUCUUAGCAGUUAGUAAUGCCAUAAAAAAUUUUCAGGUGUGAUAUUUUUUUAUAUUUCUAGAUUUAUGAAUAUUAAUCAUUGUUUGAUUUUCUUUAUAAAUAUUAUAGAAAAAAUUGGAAGAUGAAUAUAAUUAUUUACCUACCAUGCAAGCUUAUUUAACUACAAGCACUUCUAGCCAUACAAGCAAGGAAUUUAAGUUCAGUUUGUUUUUGUCAUCAGUUCUAUAUGCAGAACUUGUUCUUGACAGUGGAAAUACUAGUGCACCAUUCAUUGCCGAAUUAGCUAAUGUUACAGCUGCUAAUAAUUCAAGAAUAGUAAAUUGUACUAAUUUUGUACCUUUGAAUCAGACAGAAAUUUCUGUUGAGGUAAUAUAUUUGAUAAUUUAUCUAAAAAAUUAUGAUCAUAGCAAAGAGAAGUAGAUAAUAUUACUUUUUGUUUUUUUAUUAUAAUGUUUUAUUUUAAGAUCAUAAUAUAUUAAGGAUUACCAAAUAAUAAUUAUAAUUAUAUAAUAAUAAUUUUGAUUGAAUUAAUUUUGGGUAACAGAAAAAAUAUUUUAAAAUAUUAAAGAACAUCCUAUAUAAUAUAAUAUAAUAAUCAUUUUAAAACCCGUUCUGAUCAUUUAUCCAUUUAACCAUUUAAAAUCCAAAAUCGAAUAUUGUAUCUGAUUUGGAUUUUCUAAUUUUUCACCCCAAUUUUGGUUUUGAAUUCUGCAGCAUAAAGUAGGUACUAAUUUCAGAAUGAUUGCUUAAGAAAUAAAAAUAGUAAAUUAAACAUUUUAAUUAUGGACCUCUUAUGUUUUAGGUGGCUUUACAAUUAGAGCUUUGGUAGCAUUUUUCAAUAUUUUAAUGUAUUUUAUAGUAACCAAAAUGGUAUAAAUGUAAUUAAGUCCCUAAACUCAUUUAUGGACAUUUUUUUUUUCAAAUCAUAAGUUUCAGUUACUAAAUUUGAAAUUUUCUUGUGACGAAAUUCUCGUAUUUUUUAAUUUAGAAGUAAUAACUAAAUAACUUAAAAAUUAAUACAAAUUAAAAAUAAGAAAUUAGGUGUUCAAUGUUAGACUUGAAAAAACCAAAAAAAUAUAAAAAAUUAACCCCUAUUUGUUAGGCAAAACCUUAUUAUUGGGUAGGAAACUAGGACUAUGAAUUCAUUUUGUUUCAAUAAUUCAGUAAUUUAAUUGAUCUGCAAUGUUCUAUUCUAUUAUUGCCCAAAUAUUAAAUUAAUUAAUAAAAUUACUGGAUUAGUCUCAGCACAAGGCCAGAAUACAAUGUUGUGUUAUUUUAACUCAAAAAAAUGCGCUUUGCAAGACAAUCAAAUGAUUAAAAAAUAUAUCAUUGGUGAAUUUACCAGUUUAUAUAUUUACUGUGUAUUUAUCCGUAUAUUGUAACAACCUAACCUAUAAACCAACAUUAUUAAUCUCCCUAAGUAUUGAGUGUUAACAUUCCUGUCUUAGCGGAUACCUAAAUUAAAAUAGGUAAUUGUAUGCCAAAUUUCAGUUCGAUUGAUCUAGUGGUCUGGGCUAGACAAUGAUGAAUCAGUCAUCAGUCAGGAUAUGUUAUUGUAUAUAAGAUAGAUAUAGAUCAAAAAUGUUUUUUAAAUUUUGACAUUUUUCCCAUUACUCAAAAUCACAGCCUAUUAAUAUAAUCAACAUAAUAUUAACAUUACAUUGUAUAUUUUAAUUUUAAUAAAAUUGUGGAUUGUCAAAACAUAAUUUUUAAAUUGAUUCACUGCAAUUUUAGCUUGAUAUACUUUAGCAAUAAUUUUGAUGUUUAUGUAAAAUGUGUAUACCUCAUUAUAUAAAUAUAUGAAAACUUUUAGAAUAGAUAGUUUGACAAAAUUAUAUUGUGUAGAAUUAUAUUUAAAAAUUUUGAAUAAUUAUAGUUCUACAUUAAAAAAUUAACCUAAAUAUUUUGGAUUUUUAUUUUGUUCUAUGCCAUAUAUAAGUAACUACAUAAAAAUACUUUUAUAUAUUAUUGAUAAAUUUGUUUUUUAUGUUUUUCUUAAGAUCGUUAAUUCAACUAGACUUAGUUAUGUUUUAAAAACUGAUCCUGAAGUAACUAAUCGGCGUAUGGCUGGUAUUUGUUCAUUGGUAUUAUUUUAUGCUAAAUCUUGUCAAUUUAGCAUUUUGGCUGCACCUCAUUUCAAUAUACUUCCAAGAAUAUUUCCUCAAAUUAAAAUGGUGGCUUUUAAUGCUAUAUCUGAACAAAGGUAUGCACAUUAAAAUAUUUACACAUUUAAUCUACAAUAAAUAAAUUGUAAUAAACUCAUUUUUUUAAACUUGUUUAUUAGAUAUAACACUAUGUAUGGUAUAACUGGAGUACCUUCAUUAGUUUUGUUUCAUAAUGGUAAACCUAUUGCCAAGUACAAUGGCUCUGAUUAUACACUUUAUGAAUUUACAAAGUUUGUCAUUAGACAUACAGGUAUGCAUAAUAAUUUAUUAAUAAAUUAUAUUUAUCAAUGUAAAAAUACAAAUUUGAUGUUUAAUACUCAAACAGAAAUAAAUUUAUAAAUAUUAAAUAAUUUAAAAUUAUACUAAUAUUAUAAAUAUGGAAGUUUGUGUUUGGAUGGGUUCAUUAUCACUUCCUCAAAUUACUGAACAGAUUGAGCAGAAACUUUGCAUAGGUGUUCUAAACCACGAAUAACAAAGGAUACUUUCACCCCUCUCCCAUACUUCAUUUUUAAAGGAGAGACGCCACAGGGUAAUUGAUAUUUUUACACAUUAUGUUCUUUACCAGAAAUAUUUGUCUAAUCAAAAAACAACAAGAGACCUUUAUUGUUAAACUUUUAGACUAGUUGAUGGAGUAAGAAAGUCAAUUUACAUUUUCUUGGUUGUUUUUUUAAUGACUGAAAAAAAAAUGUAGAAAGAACAGGAAAGUUAACAGAAAUAAUGAUUUUAUGAUUUUUAAUUUCCUUUUUUUUGUUUUUAAUUCAGUUAAAAAUGUUCCUAGAGACUUGAAAUUGACAGAAAACUUAUAUGAUUGACAUGGUAAAAUUUUCAAAUAUUUGGCGAUUUUUGAGCUAUCUAUAGCCAUUUUAUGUUAUUAGUUUUUUUAUGUAGUUUUUAUUAGGUAAGAAUUUUUUUGUGGAUAUAAUUGUUUGACCAAACAUGCAUGCAAAUUUACAGGUAGUUUAUUAUAAGUUGUACUUGGUUAUCAAAAAAAAAAACUUACUUUGCACGAUGAGUGAGCAAUUGUUGUGAGUAGAAGAGAAGGUAGGAUAUAGAAGGAAAUUUAAAUUAUUUCUGUAUGCAAUGAUAAACUAUUUCUGACGAAAAACGAUUUGGUGUAAAGUUAGGUUUAUUAUACAUGUUUUGAAAGGCUGUAAUAUUUACAAAUUUGGUCAAAAUUUAAAAUUGAAAUUCUUAUAAAAAAAAAAAUGUUUACCUUGCUCAAUUUUUUUUUUUACCAAAAAGUACAACUUAUAAUAAACCUCCUAUUAAAUUAUUAAGCACUGAACAGAAAUUUCAGUCUAACAAUUUAUCCAUAGAGUACUGUAGUGAAGAAUAGUGGAGUAUUACUUGUGUAACGGCACGGCGUGCGGUGUUUUAAUAGUGCUCCAUUACUCUUCCCCUACCUAAGCUUAAAAAUGGAAUAUCUCAUUAACAGGUUGACGGAAAUCAAAAAUGUUGACACAAAAAUUUAUUUAAAGUAUUACUUUGUUUAUUUAUGGAAUUUUUAAUAAAAGUUCUCAUUUGAAAAACUAAAAUUGGUAUCAUAAAGAUAUCAUUGGAGACUACCAAUGUGGUUUUAUGAAUGGUAAAUCCACCAUAGAUCACAUUUUCACUGUUAAACAACUAGUUGAGAAACAUUACAAAUUCGACAAUGAUCUACUAUUUAUUGACUAUAAACAGGCUUAUGAUUCAAUUAAUAGAGAAGUACUAUGGGACACACUUAUAACCUUUGGGAUACCAGCUAAGAUAGUGAAAAUGAUCAAAUUAUGUAUGAAUAAAACCAGAUGUAAAGUUAGAUUCAAUCAACAUAUAUCAGAUGAAUUUGAAGUUAAGACUGGACUUCGACAGGGAGAUGCCCUAUCCCCAAUACUCUUUAAUAUAGCAUUAGAAAUGAUAGUUAGAAAAACUAAAAAAAAAUAUGGUGGGGUAAACUUGGAAGAGAACAGAAGACAAUGCGGAGUACUAGCGUAGGCAGAUGAUAUUAUCAUAUUGGGACAUAGACAGUCAAGAAGUCAAAGCAGGAACCAAAGAACUAAUAAUAAACAGCAAAGACAUUGGAUUACAAAUAAACGAAGGAAAAACCAAAUAUAUGGUAAUAUCUAGGCGAGAAAAUCACGAGGAAAAUUUAGAAGUUGAGAAUUAUAAAUUUGAAAGAGUGCAAAAUUUUAAAUACCUGGGUGUUACAAUAAAUAGCAAAAAUAAUAAUCACGAUGAAAUUAAAAUAAGACUAACUGCAGAAAAUAAAUGCUAUCACGUGUAUCACUCAAAUCAAAAAUUAUAAUAUACAAGUUAAUUAUCAGACCAGUCCUUUUAUAUNAGAAUAUUAAGAAGAAUAUUUGGGCCAAAAAUAAAUAAUAUGACACGACAAUAUGAGAAAAGAAAUAAUAUAGAAAUACAACAAUUAUAUAAAGAGCCAGACAUAGUAGCAGUAUUAAAAAAUAGGAAAAUGGCAUGGGCCGGUCAUGUAUGGAGGUCAAAUGGUCUUAUGAAAGAGGUUUUAAAAUGGAAACCCUAGGGAAAAAGACCACUUGGCAGGCCGAAACAAAGGUGGAUUGACAAGGUGGAAAAGAAUUUAGCAGAGAUUGAAAUACGAAAUGGAGAAACAAUAGCACAGGACAGAGACAGAUGGAAGCAAGUUUGUGUUGCGGUAAUAUGUCUUAAUGGCCUUUAAAAAACCGAUGAAGAAGAAGAAGAAAAUUGGUAUCACCACAGGAUACUCCUUAAAUGUUGUGAAAAAUCCAAGUAUUUGAAUAUAUCGGUUUUAACUUUACUUAAAAAUUCUAAAAAUCAGAAUUAGAAUAGAUGCAAAAUAAAGGGGUGAGCACACUUAGUGAAUCACUCUGUGUAUAUAUAUAAUACAUAAAAAAAAUAAUUAAAAUCAUGAAUUAUGAAUACUUUCUAAACUCCUCUAUUUUAGAUACUGAAUGUAGUGAAGAAUGUAUUGGUUUUACAAAGAUGUUUAUUUAUUUAUUUAUUUUAUGUGAACAUUUUUUCUACUAGAAAGCUUACUCCCCUGUAUACGAUGUGUAGAUUUUUUUCUGAAAGGAAAUUUUUUUGGGGUAGUCCUUUAAGGAUAAUGUACUAAAUGUAGGUAUUAGUUGAAAAAUAUUUCAGCCUUUUUUUUUUCUAUGAACAACUUUUUACCACCAAUUUUGAUCUGAUUUACAAUGAAAGCACUUUUUCUAAAAGAAAAUCUGAGUAAGAAGGUACUUUAAGGAUGUUAUUUUUCGAUUUUCGCAAGAAAAAAAAUUUUCCCAACAAAUGUGACUCAAAAAUUCAGGAAAAACUUAGAAAAACAGGAAAAUUGGUAUAAUAUUAAACAAAUAUUAUUAAAGAAAAUAUAUAAUGUCUAUUUAAUUAUUUUACUAUAAUAUGACAUAUAUAUAUAUAUAUUGUUGGAAAAGCAUCACUGUCAACUGAACUCUGCUUAGAAUCGUUCAUAGUAAGCAAUGGUUUAUCGUUGUUUAUAGAUACAAAUUAAUUUUCCCUCUAUAUCCUACCUUCCCAACUUUUCACCAACAACAGUGGCUGCAUCCAUUGUGCAAAGUAUGUCUGUAUUUUUUUUCUUUUAUUUGUUUUUGUCUCUUCCUAAUAGAAAUUUUGUUCCAAUCAUUAACAUCAUGGGUUAUUUCUGGUAUAAAAUUAUUAUCUAGUUGGUGCAUUGAGGAGGUUGAUUUUUGAUUUUUCUCAUCUGUUUAUGACUCCAAAAAUACUAUUAUACUUAAAACAAUUACAUAAUAUUCUACUCUAGACAUAAAAUUUCAUUCUUUUGUAUACAAAAUAAAACUCAGGUUAUCAAUAUGGUGAUUAUACUAAAAUAGUAAAAUGCCAAAAAAAAACCUUUUAACUUAGCAGUUUAAUUUUUGUGGGUUUUCUUAGUCUAUUAAUAAAAAUAUAAACAAACAAUUUUUUUUAUGUAGCAUAGACAAGUUGCAUAGCAUAAAUAAUGUAGCAGUAAAAAGAUUAACGGUCAAAAUUAUUUUGUUAUAAUUAAUACCUAACCGAUAACCAUAUUAUUAUUAUUUUUUUUUUUUUUUUACAAAAUAAUAACUUUAUUUUCAUUGAAAAUAUAAACUGUUGACAUUUUUCUAAUACUAAUAUAUGUGGUAAUAAAUUUAAUAAAUUAUAAUUCAUUAUUUUGUAUUUGACAUUGUUAUUAAUUGAUACUUAACUCAUGUUAUUGUUUUAUUCUUUACUAAUGAUAUUUAAUAUUUAUAAAUUAUAAUCUGUAGCAUUUAUUAAUUCUACUUUGUAUUGUAUCCUUUAAUUUAUUAAUUGUCUAUUCGUUUUUGUGAUUAGAUUUUUUUAAGAAGUUGGAUUUUUGAUUUUCAAAACACAUUAUUAAGAGAUUUUGCCCAAUAAGUGUAAAAAAAGUGAAAUGAUAAACUAAAGAAUCCAAUUAGAGUUAUAAUAUCUAGGUAUCUUGAGUGUAUAGAAGGAUGAAAGUAGAUUAAGUGGCAUGAUUAGUAUAAAGUAUUUUAUAAUUCAAAACACUUUGACUGGCAAUGAUUCAAAUUUUUUAGAAAUUGCAUAUGUUCAAUGCACUUUGUCAACAUGUGCAAAUGUACUGUUCUUGUUAUCUAUCUGCAUUGAAUACAUUUUUUGAAUCACUGCCAGUCUAAAAGCUAGAUAUAAAAAAUUGUUUUUCGAACGCUAAAAUCAAUUUUAAAAAUAGCAUUGAAGUCUAAAUGAUAUAUAAGAAAAAGUUGUGGGUGUUCAAAAUUCAGUUGACCUAAAAACUAGUAAAAAUAUGGUAUUAAAAUAUAAAACUACUAAAGAAUUAUGUAUAUAAUAAUAUAAUAAUAUUUUUUUAUAUUAAAUAUUUUUCUUUAUUUUGUAAUUUUGCAGCAAACAAAUUUAGUCAUUUAAUUUUUUUUAACACUAUUAUAUUAUAUAUAUUUAACACUAUUAUGCUAUUAUAUAUAUAUAUAUAUAUAUAUAUAUAUAUUUAACAUUAUUAUGCUAUUAUAUAUAUAUAUUUUUUUUUACAGAUCUUUCUCCUAAUGAAAAGGUUGAAAUCUCAGUAACAGAUUUUGUAAAGCCUAUUCCUGGAUUUGGUGAACUUGAUAAUGACUAUUCUCUGUGGUUAGCAUGGUUCGUUAUUAUAUUCUGGGCAUUAUAUUAUGCUAGAACUUUAAAUUUCUUUCAGAAGAUUUUAGAAUUCUUUGUUAACAUUUGGUAUGAAGUAGAAGCACAACAUGGACAUAUUGAUUAAUAAAUUAAUGAAUUAUUUCCUGUAUCCUAUUGUUUUAUUUUAUUUUAAGUUAUUUUUCUG